AUGUCAGGAUGUCAGCGCUAAGAUUUCUGAUGCUGAGGGUACAGCAACAUGGGAAAACAAAUACCACGCUGCUGACCACAGUGCCAUGAAGGAGAGGUGGAAUGGUUCGAGCUCGCCUGAUGGGUUGGGGGGCGAUCAUGGGCUGACAGACGAGGAGCGGCCGGUGUAGCGGAAGAGUGCUGUCGACAAUUAGCACACGUGUGCCGGAGAAGCUGCUCGAGUUCUGCUGAAACUCCUGGUCGUGCGAUUUCAAAGGCGCUCCCUCGUCUGGACUAACCAGGGGGAAAUUCGCCAACAAGAGGAGGGGGGUAUAAUCAAACUAAAGGGGGGCAAACCCAGUGUCGGUACCGGAGCGGUCCGGCUCGCGGUUUGUUUCUGUCUCCGGCCUCCGAGAGUUUGCGAUUUGAGCUCGUUUCCCCCCCCCGACUUCAAUUCUAACGUGAAGGCUACAGCAGUGCCUGGGAGCCCCGGGAGACGCUUUCCCAGUCCCGAAACACCGCCGCGUCCGCCCUGUCCACCAUGAAUGCCACCAAGGGAGGUCUGGUCAUCUUCACGGCCAAUUCGAACCCCUCGUGCAUGGAGCUGGGCAAGAGGAUUGCCGAGCGUCUUGGAGUGGAGUUGGGAAAAGUGCUGGUCUAUCAGGAAGCCAAUAGAGAAACACGGGUUCAGAUCCAGGAGUCAGUGCGAGGGAAAGAUGUCUUCAUCAUCCAGACGGUGUCAAAGGACGUGAACACCACCAUCAUGGAGCUCCUGAUCAUGGUGUACGCCUGCAGGACGUCCUGCGCCCGCAGCAUCAUCGGCGUCAUUCCCUACUUCCCCUACAGCAAGCAGUGCAAGAUGAGGAAGAGGGGCUCCAUCGUCUCCAAGCUCCUCGCCUCCAUGAUGUGCAAAGCAGGGCUGACUCACCUGAUCACCAUGGAUUUGCACCAGAAGGAGAUCCAGGGCUUCUUUAACAUCCCAGUGGAUAAUCUGCGUGCUUCUCCAUUCCUUUUGCAGUACAUCCAGGAAGAGAUCCCCGACUAUAGAAAUGCAGUAAUUGUUGCCAAAUCUCCAGCCUCAGCCAAAAGGGCGCAGUCGUUCGCGGAGCGGCUGCGGCUGGGCAUCGCGGUCAUCCACGGCGAGGCGCAGGACGCCGAGUCGGACAUGGUCGACGGCCGCCACUCUCCGCCCACCGUGAAGAACUUGGGCGCCAUACAUCCCAGCAUGGAGAUACCCUUGCUCAUUCCCAAAGAGAAGCCCCCCAUUACAGUGGUAGGAGACGUCGGUGGGAGAAUUGCCAUCAUAGUGGACGACAUCAUCGACGAUGUGGACAGUUUCCUGGCCGCGGCCGAGACCCUGAAGGAGAGGGGGGCUUACAAGAUCUACGUGAUGGCCACCCACGGCAUCCUGUCCUCCGACGCCCCACGGCUCAUAGAGGAGUCCGCCAUCGACGAGGUGGUUGUGACAAACACCAUCCCUCACGAGAUCCAGAAGCUGCAGUGUCCCAAGAUCCAGACAGUGGACAUCAGCAUGAUCCUGUCCGAGGCCAUCCGGCGCAUCCACAACGGCGAAUCCAUGUCCUAUCUGUUCCGCAACAUCGGAGUGGACGACUGAGCCUGGCUCCUCCACCUGCGCGUGUCGGCUGAGCAAUCAGAUUCUGCCUAGAGGCCAAGUCUUGUUCAAAGCGCCAUUUUUUUUUCUCCUGAAUUUCCUGUCCCCCUCCCCCCCUCUCCCGCUGCAGUGAAUUGUGCACAAAUGUCAAAAGCUGUAUGCCAUAGCAUUUUUUUUUUAUUCAUCUGUGCUUUUUGGAGUCGAAAUAUUUUAAGUACGAACUUUUUGUUCUUGUUUUUAAUGGGGGACUUUAUUCAUCUCUUCAGAUUUUUAAUUUAUUAUGUGGUUUCCCCACCCUGCGUUGUGAGACUGCAGCAGGGGUGUCUCAUGGGAACGGUGAUGUGGGGGCAGCGAGUGUAAAUAUUUCUGAAAUCAGAAGAGCGAGUUGCCCUCAGCAAUUAGACAGCGGCACUGCUGCAGUCGGCCAGUAGCUGUGCUCUUCUCUUCUUUAACAUUCCAGUUGCGUGCACCGUACUCUGCACAGCGUCCCAGUUCUGUUAUCUCGCGUCUCACCUGCGCAAAUUGCUUCUUUUUUUUAAAGCCAUGCAGUGCUGCUCUGGGACGACUGUUUUGAGUUUGAAAUUCUUCUGCCACUAGUUCAUGCUCAGACCCUGCCUGGAUCCUCUGAUAAUAUCCCAGCGGUCUCUGGUGUUUUUUUUUUUUUUGUUUCCAGUGGGGAUUCACGACGGUAAAUGUCUCCCUGAUGCACCUGCGCGGCUUGCUCCGUUUGCUAGCGAUUUUUGACUUCUGUCUCCUGAGCCGUUUCAGAGGGGCGGUAUUUUCCAAAGAUGUGUCCCAUGCCACGGGGCAGUGUUCAGCAGGUGCCGUUGGCGGAUUUUUUUUUUUUCACGUUAUUUAAAGGGAGUGUUUUUCUUUUUUCUUCCUAAAUGUUAUAUUUCAGAAAACGAACUGGCCACUUGGGAAGUUUUUAUAGUAUUGGCUCAGUUGUGAUUUAUUAAUCCAGUUCUUUUUUUUUAAUCAAGUAACAGCUCAUGUGCUGGUCUUACAGCUGCAGCGAAGGGCAGUAUGAGCAGGGGGGGGAGAGAGGUCUGUGUUUGAGCCAGGGCUGGAUCCUUCUUCUCUGGAGGGAAUAGAGUUACAAGAGACUGACGGACCUGUGAGCAGUUAGUGCUUGCAUUGUGGCGCUGUCCUGCUAACCUUUGGCACUCUGGAUUGUGGUAACGGGUAAAAACCAAAUGCAGGGGUGGGAGAGACAGGUCGUCACUGACCAAUCCCAGCCUGCAUCUUCUCUAGCUCUCUGGGUAGCAAGGCAACAGUGCUGUCCUUAAAUACGUUCUGUGCACGAUGAUGUGGUAUGGCCACUGUCCUGAAAAGUUUUCUCUCUUAAGGAAGUGUAUAUAACACAUCUUGGACUGCACUUUUGCCAAGAAAGACCUUAAACUGCUCUUUGAGGAACAUGUUUCACAGCACUGCCCUUGUCUUCAGAGCAGUCCAAAAUGUCUUUAUGUCCUGUAACAUUGUCUAUAUAUACCUUCCAUGUCUCUGUAUAUCUUCACAAGCCAGACCUGGGCAGUGCCACCAGUGUUUCAUGUUUGUUGGCUUUCAGUGGCUUCGAAUGUGUCUUUUAGACUUUUUACACUUCUGUUGUUUUAUUUGAAAAUGGAUAUAAAACUGGAUAUUUAUAAGGGAUUCUCAUAGAAUUGUUUUGCGAGAACUUGAUUUGCAGAUUUUUAGCUGUAUGAGGACCGCGCUAGAUGAAAUAGGAUUAAAUGGCAUUUUUAGAUUUGAAUUGCAUAUUCCUUGUGCACCACUUGAAGCUGUGAGCAAUCAGAAAUCCUGUUCUCAUUUUCCAAGCCUAAUUUAUAUUGAAGGCCUUUCCCAAGUUCACAGCGUUUAUUAUAGUUCUUAUUGAUUUUUUUUUUUCUCCUUGAGAUGCACUCCAGGUCAGCGUGCUGUGAAGUGAACUGUGGGAUUACAGGUGUUCUCUCUUAAUCGAUCUUUGUAAUUUAAGCUUCUAAACCAAUGCAGUUUGUUGGGAAAGCACCAAUUCAGAAGGAAGCUUUUGUAUUUUCUGCAAAGAAGAAAAAAAAAUAAAGAUCAUGUUUCUCUGA